AUGUCUUCAACAAAUAACCAGCAUAUAGCUCGAUUCGUAAGCGAGCUAAAGACUGGUUCACUAUUAACAAAAAGAAAACCUAAUGGUGAUCAAUAUUCUCGUCACUUCUUUCUUGAUGAAUAUGAACAUUUUAUAUCUUAUCAUCAAUCUGAAAAAGUAUUUGCACAACCAAAUCGUUAUUAUAUUCAUAAAAUUAAUGAAAUUCGUCCUGGUUUGCAAACACGAACAUUUGAUCGACUUUUCAGACAUAAGAUUGUCGAACAAGAGGAUGAAAAACGUGCUUUCUCUCUCUUCUACAAUAAUUAUCGAGAUGAACUUCAUUUAAUGGCAAAUGAUGGACAGACGAGAGAUGCAUGGAUACAAGCUUUACAACAUCUGAUACAUACACAUACUCAAAGGCGCCAACGACAUGUCAUUACCGAAACAAAUUGGAUUUUGAAUUAUUUUUACUUGGCUGAUAAAGAUGGAUCUGGUACCUUGACAAAAAACGAGUGUCGUCGACUACUUAUAGAUUCACUCAAUGCAAAAGUGUCAAAAAAUGCUUUUGAAACACUUUUCAAUGCGGCAGAUACAAGUGGUGAAGGAGUUUUGACACCUGAUGAAUUUGUAAAUUUAUUCUAUGCACUUACUCGUCGUAAAGAUCUUUAUGCGAUAAUGCAACAAUAUGUCAAAAAUGGUCAUAAACAAUCUAUGGAUACGAUUCGUAUGAAUAUUGAUGAACUUUUAUAUUUUCUUCGAAAUAUUCAAAAUCAAACAAUAAUAAAAUAUCAAUCAGAUGAAUGUACAUCUGAUUAUUCACUUGUUUCAGUUACUGAACGUGAACAAGUACAAGAAUUAAUUAAUGAAUUUGAAACAGAUGUUGAAUUACAAGAAAAAGGUCAACUUAGUCUUAAUGGCUUUAGAAACUUAUUAUUAUCCGACGAGUUUUCUGUGAUGAAACCAUGGUGUUCUCGUCAUAUUUAUCAAGAUAUGACAAGACCAUUGAGUGAUUAUUAUAUAAACACAUCACAUAAUACUUAUCUAUUUAAUAAUCAAAUAUCUGGAACUAGUAAUCCUGAAGCAUACAAUCGAGUAUUAUGUUCAGGUUGUCGUGCAGUUGAAAUUGAUUGUUAUGAUGGUGCUAAUGGUCGACCAAUAGUUAAACAUGGCUAUACACUUGUUCAACCAUGUUUAUUUGAAUCAAUUAUUCGUUUUAUAGAACCAAAUCUUUUUAAAAUAUCACCAUAUCCAGUUAUACUUGAUCUUGAAAAUCAUUGUUCAAUUGAACAACAACAUGAAAUGGCUCGUAUUUUAAAACAAGUUUUUGGAGAUCGAUUAAUAACUGAACCAUUAUCUACAAAUGAUUCAUCAGUAUUACCAUCACCAGAAGAUUUGAAAUAUAAAGUUCUUGUUCGAGUUAUUGAACAUGAUUUAGCUGGACUUUUUAUUUAUUUUCAAAAUAUACCCUUCCUUCCGAAUGAAAAUGAUAAAGAUAAUUAUUCAUGUUGUCAUUCACCAAAUCUUUCUGAAAAACAUUUCGAUCGAAUAUUAGAAAAUGAUCCAUUAGAUUUAAUUAAACAAACAGGAAAAAGUGUAUUUCGAAUGUAUCCACAUGGUUUAAGACAAGAUUCAAGUAAUCCUGAUCCAAUAAAUGCUUGGAAUUUUGGUAUUCAUAUGGUUGCAUUAAAUUUUCAACAUGAUGAUUUAAUGAUGUCAUUAUCAUAUGGAAAAUUUAUUGAUAAUGGUGGAUGUGGUUAUAUACUUAAACCAAAAUAUUUAAUUAAUGCAUAUAAAAUAAAUUUUAAUCCAUUUGAUUAUUUAAAAAAACCAUUAAUGUUACCAGAUAAUAUUAUUGAACAUCCUCAACGUUUAACAAUAACAAUAAUUAGUGGUCAAUUUUUAUCUCGAUCAAAUGAAACAACACAAGAUAUUCCAGAUCCAUAUGUUGUUGUAUCAACACAUGGAAUAUUAUGUGAUCAACAAACACAAAAAACAAAAUUUAUAGAAAAUAAUGGAUUUGAUCCAUUAUGGAAUGAAACAUUUCAAUUUAAUAUUUGUUUUCCACAAAUGUGUCUUGUUCGUUUUGAUGUAUAUGAUUAUGAUGUAUUUACAAAAGAUGAUAGAAUUGCUUAUUUUUGUUUACCAAUGACAACUAUGCAAACAGGAUAUCGUCAUGUUCAUUUGAGAACAAAACAUAAUAAUCUAACUUAUUCAACAUUGUUCAUACAUGUUACUAUUGAAAACAAUUAA